AUGAAACAUGCCGGAGAUGAAUUGAGGUCUCAUUUCUUAAAUUUACGCUACAUAAUCAUGCGCAUAAUUGCACGCUUCAUGUCGAAUGAAUGUCAAGACGUGAACGAAAAGAAGGCAAAACUCACUGACACGACAUGUGAUAAUCUUAAAUCAUUUUUAGCAGUGAGAAAAGCGUUAAGAAUGGAGCGAGAGAUGCGAAACUUUGCAUUAUCAACGUCAACUUUUUCUCUCAACAAUAAAUUAAACUUUGAAAUAAAUGAUCAGUCACUAGAAGAAUGUGAUCAUGUAAAUGAUUCGUGUGGGCUUUCCAAUAAUGUUCAACAUUACGAUAGUUUACGAUGCUUCUCUUGUUCUGAUGUUAUGAAAACAAACAAAGAAACAGAAAAGCGAAAGAUGCAAAUGAGAUUUCUGACGAAAGAUUAA